CGCGGGGCCGCCGCCCCUCCCGAACAUGGAGGAUGUGGAGGCGCGAUUCGCUCACCUCUUGCAGCCCAUCCGCGACCUCACCAAGAACUGGGAGGUGGACUUAGCUGCUCAGCUGGGAGAGUAUCUGGAGGAGGGCUUUAUUUGAAAAAUUUGAAACUUACAUCCCACAAGAAUUCAAGAUUAUCACCACAAGAAGAAGAAAGAGAUAAUACAAAAAUAUAUGUCACAGCAUAGGAGCCAGCUGGACCAGAUCUGCAUUUCUUUUGAUGAAGGCAAAACCACAAUGAACUUCAUUGAGGCAGCACUGCUGAUCCAAGGCUCAGCCUGUGUCUAUAGUAAAAAGGUGGAGUACCUCUACUCAUUGGUCUACCAGGCUCUUGAUUUUAUUUCCGGCAAGAGGCGAGCCAAACAGCUUUCUUCAGUACAGGGAGAUGGGACCAAUGAAGCUGCCAACUCGUGCCCACCGCAGGAAGCAGAAGAUGAGUUCCUGUCACUGGAUGACUUCCCUGACUCCCGGGCUAAUGUGUCUCUGAAGAAUGACCAGGCACCUACUGAGCUGGUCAUCAUCCCCCUCUUGCCCAUGGCCCUGGUGGCCCCUGAUGAAUUGGAGAAGAACAGCAGCCCCCUAUACAGCUGUCAGGGAGAGGUCCUGGCCAGCCGGAAGGAUUUCAGGAUGAACAGAUGCACUCCCCACCCUAGAGGGGCCUUCAUGUUAGAGCCAGUGGGCAUGUGCCCUAUAGAGCCUGUGGGUGCCUGCCCUUUGGAGCCUGUAGGAAACCAGAAGGAUGCUGAAGGUGCUGAGGAGCAGCCAAUGGAAGUCUCCAGGUGUGGGAGUCCUGCUCCUGUGCUUGGCUUCUCCCAACAGCCAGAUGCUUUUCUAGAAGGCCCAGCACUCAGCAGUGGAGAUGAGGAUGCAGAGGAUGCAGAAGAUCUUCCAGAGGCUGCUUUAGAACCUGCAGAGCCCACAGCCCCACAGCAGAGUGCUACAUUGCCUAGGAGAUACAUGCUUCGGGAACGAGAGGGGGUCCCAGAGCCUGUGUCCCUGCUGAAGAAUAACCCAGAUCCCUGGCAGAGCCUGGACCCCUUCAAUUCCUUGGACUCUAAGCCCUUCAAGAAAGGUAAACCCUAUUCUGUGCCCCCCUGUGUGGAAGAGGCUCCAGGACAGAAGCGCAAGAGGAAAGGUGCCUCUAAGCUGCAGGACUUCCACCAGUGGUACCUGGCUGCCUAUGCUGGCCAUGCUGAAGGCAGGAGGCCUCGGAGAAAGGGUCCUACAUUUGCUGACAUGGAAGUCCUGUACUGGAAACAUGUGAAGGAGCAGCUAGAGACCCUCCGGAAGCUGCAGAGACGUGAGAUGGCAGAGCGAUGGCUGCCCACAGCCAAAGAGGAUCUGUGGCCCUCAGAGGAAGACCGUUUAGAGGAGUCCCUGGAAGACUUGGGGGGGGCAGCAGAUCACUUUUUAGAGCCUGAGGAGUAUGUGGAGCCUGAGGAGGCAAAGCCUGGGGAAAUUGCUGACCUGGAUGCAGGGACCAUGCCAGAGCCCCUGAAAUAUGAGGAGCUGGUUCGAAGGAAUGUGGAACUCUUCAUCGCCACCUCCCAGAAAUUUGUCCAGGAGACAGAGCUGAGCCAGCGCAUCAGGGAAUGGGAGGAUACCAUUCAGCCCCUGCUACAGGAGCAGGAGCAACAUGUGCCCUUUGAUAUCCACACUUAUGGAGAUCAGUUGGUCUCUCAGUUCCCCCAGCUCAACAAGUGGUGUCCCUUUGCGGAGCUGGUGGCUGGUCAGCCUGCCUUUGAGGUGUGUCGCUCCAUGCUGGCCUCCCUACAGCUGGCCAAUGACUACACCGUGGAAAUCACCCAGCAGCCAGGACUGGAAGAGGCUGUGGAUACCAUGUCUCUGAGAUUGAUCACACACCAGCGAGCCCAUACACGCUUCCAGACCUAUGCUGCUCCCUCCAUGGCCCAGCCUUGAGUGGGAUGCACUGAGGCAGGGGUGAGGACGAUGUGGGCUUGGCUGUUCGGUGACCCUGAUGUGCUGAGGGGCCAGUUAUCCCAUUGCUGUUUACUGACUUCUACUAACCCAGCAUAAUAAAGUGGUAUGCCAUCUCA